CUCUGGUCGGGCCCACCCCCUGGAUCUAGCACCGCCUCUUCCGCGUUCUCGGAGGAGCGAUCAGCAGAUAGGGGUGCGCGCGACCGCUCCCCGGCGGGAGCCAGCGAAGGUUUCCAUGUCAGAGGCCAGUGAAGAACCGAAGAUUGCCAGCUACGUACAAAGGCCAUUGAGACACUUCGUGUAGCUGGAAGACACCAACUCCCUGACAGGGGCUUUAUUUCAUUUGGGAUUUCAAGUUUACAGACGGUAUCUUCCCAAAAGUUGGAAAAACCUAUAGAGAUGGGCAGCAGCGAACCCCUUCCCAUCGCAGAUGGUGACAGGAGGAGGAAGAAGAAGCGGAGGACCGGGGCCACUGACUCCUUGCCAGGAAAGUUUGAAGAUAUGUACAAGCUGACCUCUGAAUUGCUUGGAGAGGGAGCCUAUGCCAAAGUUCAAGGUGCCGUGAGCCUACAGAAUGGCAAAGAGUAUGCCGUCAAAAUCAUUGAAAAACAAGCAGGGCACAGUCGAAGUAGGGUGUUUCGAGAGGUGGAGACGCUGUAUCAGUGUCAGGGAAACAAGAACAUUUUGGAGCUGAUUGAGUUCUUUGAAGAUGACACAAGGUUUUACUUGGUCUUUGAGAAAUUGCAAGGAGGUUCCAUCUUAGCCCACAUCCAGAAGCAAAAGCACUUCAAUGAGCGAGAAGCCAGCCGAGUGGUGCGGGACGUUGCUGCUGCCCUUGACUUCCUGCAUACCAAAGACAAGGUCUCAGUCUGUCACCUAGGCUGGAGUGCAGGGGCGCCAUCAGGGCUCACUGCAGCCCCAGCCUCCCUGGGCUCCAGUAAUCCUCCCACCUCAGCCUCCCAAGUAGCUGGGACUACAGGCAUUGCUCAUCGUGAUCUGAAACCAGAAAAUAUAUUGUGUGAAUCUCCAGAAAAGGUGUCUCCAGUGAAAAUCUGUGACUUUGACUUGGGCAGUGGGGUGAAACUGAACAACUCCUGCACCCCCAUAACCACACCGGAGCUGACCACGCCAUGUGGCUCAGCAGAAUACAUGGCCCCUGAGGUGGUGGAGGUCUUCACGGACCAGGCCACAUUCUACGACAAGCGCUGCGACCUGUGGAGCCUGGGCGUGGUCCUCUACAUCAUGCUGAGCGGCUACCCACCCUUCGUGGGCCACUGCGGGGCCGACUGUGGCUGGGAUCGGGGCGAGGUCUGCAGGGUGUGCCAGAACAAGCUGUUUGAAAGCAUCCAGGAAGGCAAGUAUGAGUUUCCUGACAAGGACUGGGCACACAUCUCCAGUGAGGCCAAAGACCUCAUCUCCAAGCUCCUGGUGCGAGAUGCGAAGCAGAGACUUAGCGCCGCCCAAGUUCUGCAGCACCCAUGGGUGCAGGGGCAAGCUCCAGAAAAGGGACUCCCCACGCCGCAAGUCCUCCAGAGGAACAGCAGCACAAUGGACCUGACGCUCUUCGCAGCUGAGGCCAUCGCCCUUAACCGCCAGCUAUCUCAGCACGAAGAGAAUGAACUAGCGGAGGAGCCAGAGGCGCUGGCCGAUGGCCUCUGCUCCAUGAAGCUUUCCCCUCCCUGCAAGUCACGCCUGGCCCGGAGGCGGGCCCAGGCCCAGGCAGGCCGUGGUGAAGACAGGAGCCUGCCCACAGCACUCUGAAAUGCUCCAGUCACACCUUAUAGACCCUAGGCCUGGCCAGGCGUUGUCCCCCUGGAAACCUGUGUGGCUAAAGUCUGCUGAGCAGGUGACAGCGUCUGCUCUGUGGCUUCACUCAGGCUUUUUCAUCUAGAAGGCCCUAAAGUUCCCACCAACCCCCAUUUCCCUAGGGUCCUAGAGGAAAAAGCUUUUUCCAAAGGGGUUGUCUUUGAAAGGAAAGCAAUCACUUGUCACUUUGCAUAAUUGCCUGCAGCAGGAACAGCUCUUCGCUGGGCUCCACCUGCUCUCCGCCUGCAGAUCUGGGAUCCGGCCUGCUCUCACCGCUGUAGUGGCGGCUGCGGCUGCAGCCUGCAGGGAGAAGCAAGAAGCAUCAGUUGACAGAGGCUGCCGACACGUGCCUCUUCCUUCUCAGCGCUGUCACCCUCCUCUGGCGGUCCUUCCACCUUCCUCUGUCCUCCGGAUGUCCUUUUUGCCCGUCUUCUCCCUUGGCUGAGCAAAGCCAUCCCCUCAAUUCAGGGAAGGGCAAGGAGCCUUCCUCAUUCAGGAAAUCAGAUCAGUCUUCCGGUCUGCAGCACGGAGAAGCACAUAAUCUUUCUUUGCCGUGACUGAAAUGUGUCCCUCAUUUAUCAUCCCCUUUGAUUGUGAUUGCUGCUAAAGUCAGUUGUAUUUUGUUUUUUUUUUAAAGAAAGUUUGGUUUUUUUUUAACCAUGCUGUUCCAGCAAAGAUGGGACCUUCAUCUCCCACUGCAAGCCCAUGAACUUCCCAGAGUGUAACGGCUUGCUCUUUCUGGAAUGUCCAUGCAUUUGGGUUUUAAUCAGCAGUGCCCUAUUCUAACUGAUUUUAAGCUGUUCCUAUGACAAGCUUAGAGACAGUGUCGGUGUCUGCUGCUGUGUCCCCAGGUCUUGUGUGGGUGGCACAGAUCUGGGCAGUUAGAUGGAGCUCUGUGCCUGAGAUGAAGCCACACUGGGGUGAAGCCUCACUGCCCUGUUCGAGCGACGCAGUGCCUGCUGCCCGAGUUCGUGAAGGUACAGCCAUUCAGAUAAACUGAACUGUUGAGUUACAUAAAGAAAAUAGAUUUGCAUUUGUCAGGCAGACGUUUAUACAACACCAUGGUGCUUUUAUACAUUGUGCUUAUUUUAAUAAAACUGAAAUUCUAGCUGUGGCCUA